AUGAGAGCUAAAAUCCUUCUUCAUCUUGGUUGGCUCGUCCUGGCUCACGGCAGCAGCAACGGAAACGGGCCUCGGUGCGACGAGAAUGUCACCCUAUCAAUCUCAGCCUCCGCUAUCAAUCUUGACAUUCCAAGCACGUUCUCGCUGUCCACGCUCAACGUCGAAGACAACAUCGAAGGCUUGUUGAAGUCUUUCCCAACAACGACCGUUACCGGAACCUACACAAUUGCAGGUCGAUACUGCGAGCCAGCAAACUCGAUUGCCUCGAGAAGCAUAACACUUCAAGUUCUCGUGCAUGGCAUCACUUUCGACCGCAACUACUGGUCUGGAGAAGGUGCUCCAGGACAAGGCCUCAACGGAACGUCGUACUCCUGGAUUGAUUAUGCCUCAGAACAAGGCUACCCAACCUUGUCUGUAGACAGGAUCUGCAACGGCCAAUCUUCGAAGCCGAACGGACUUUUGGUGUGUCAGGUCCCGUUCAACGCGGAAGUGCUGCACGGCGUGGUCGAGGCUGCUCGCAAUGGCAGUGUAGGGGGCCGACCAUUCGAAAAGCACUCGGAAGGGUCACUUAUCGGCAACAGUCUGUCACAGCAAUAUCCCGACGAUGUCGAUACCUAUAUCCAGACAGGAUAUACCCCCUUUUUGAUCCUUGGUGGGCCCGGUUUGGUCGUGGCCGGGGGUUAUAUUCCAGCCCUCCUUGCGGAUCCCGUCAAGUUUGCCGACGUUACCGAUAUCACAUAUCUAGCGGGGACCAGCGUGAGCGGAGUGGAGGCCAACUUCUUCGCAGGCCAAUAUAGCCGUCAAGUCGCAGAUUUCGCGUACGACCACCGGGGAACAGCUACGACCCGUGAGAUCGCCUCUAUACCUCUUGGUGAGCUUCCUGCUCCUGGUUUUAAAGGCGCUGCUCUUGCUAUGAAUGGCGAACGGGAUCAAGCCUUUUGCGCCCGACUUCCGACAGAUCCAUUGAUAGGUUAUCGAGGGGAUUGUGGAGAAGGGGACCUGUCUUACACAGCGCUGGCGAAGACGCUAUUUCCAAACGCAGCACAUUUUGAGUAUGUCAACUUGAACGAUACCUGUCACAACGUCGGUCUGCACUACACGGCACAGAAAAGCUUCAAGAUCGCGCACGAAUUCCUGGCUGCACAAGGAUACUAG